UCCUCCUCUUUUUCGAACCUUCAUCAAAGGGAGCGACCAGAGGAGAGAGUGAGCUACGCGUGCUGCGGAGCUUGCACUUUAUUGCCCCAUUUCCCCUCGAGUUUUGCUGCUGCAGUUCUGCAGCGCGGAGUGCUUCGCCUGCCUACUCGGAAGCAAGCCCUGCUGAGUCCAGCGGGGCUUCCUGCAGCCUUGGAGUCCCCUGGCUUAAAAAGUUCUUGGUGCAAUCCUAAACCACGCCUAUACUCUGAAGUAAGCCCCGUUGAAUUCAGUGAGGCUUACUCCCAGGUAAGUGGGGUUAAGAAUUGCAGCCAUAGGCAGAGCAUCUCUACGCUCAGCACUUCGGAUGUUCGAGUGAGUCCAGCCAGCCCCGUUCACUCCUGGAAGCAGCAGCGCUAUUUCUCCCCAGGAGAGCAACGCGUUUUCCCCUCUCCUUAAAAAAAAACUGCCUCGAUUGCUAGCAAAAGAAGGGAAACAAUUUGUCUAUUCGUGUACAUUGUCAGCUGCGAUCUCUUUAAGUAAUGAAUGCCAAGAGGAGCGGGUUUUGAAAACUACAAGGGGUCCACUUGAAAUCCAGUCCUUGAGAGAAGACCUUUGGGGUGCAUUUGCAUUCAAAUCCUUUAUUCCUAAACACACCUAAUUGGAAGUAAGCACCACUAAAUUGAAUGAGGCUUACAGAAUUGCAGUCUGGGCAGAGGAGGCAUUUGUUUACGCUGGAGAAAAGACAGAGCAUCAUUCUAUUUAUAUGAUUCUGAUCCUGUUCCUUCCUUCACUGACCUCACAUGGAGAGGGGUUUAAUCCAUUUUGCAUUCACAACAACCCUGCGAGAGACUGAAAGAUGGUUAUUCACGCAACGUCCUAACUUGAGUAGGGAUUUGAACCCAGAACUAACUGGCCCAAGCGUGCUGUCAGCCUCCCAUUUCUCUCCCCUCUCCGCCACGUGUGUACCCCUCAGGCUGACAUUUUAAAACAUAUGUUCCGGUGUGCUGUGGCUUCCUUGGAGCAUCUUGCUAUGGAGAGAAUACGUUGGGCCUUUUCCUAUGGCACCUGGGUCCCUUGCCGUGAAGAUUGGUUGCUGUCCAUGCGCCUCAUACAGCCUGAAGAGAGAGAGCGCAUUGAACAGUUUGCCUUCCGUCGCGAUGCCAAGGCUGCAGUGGCUGGCCGUCUGCUGAUAAGAAAAUUAAUUGCAGAGAAGCUGAAGAUUCCCUGGAACGAAAUAAAGUUACAAAGGACUUCAAAAGGCAAACCUGUCCUUGCAAAUGACUUAAGCGGUGCCCAUUCCAGCUUCAGCUUUAAUGUGUCCCAUCAAGGGAAUUAUGCUGUUCUUGCCGCCGAGCCUGACUGCCAAGCUGGCAUUGACGUUACGAAGACAAGCAUGCCAGGGAGUGGUUCAAUUCCGGACUUCUUUCGAAUUAUGAAGCGGCAGUUUACAGAGGAAGAAUGGAGAGCAAUUAAGUCCAUGAACAGUGAAUGGCUUCAGUUGGAUAUGUUUCAUAGGCACUGGGCACUAAAAGAGAGCUUUAUAAAAGCCAUUGGUGUCGGGAUAGGUUUUGACCUUCAGAGGAUUGAGUUUAAUGUAUCCCCACUGCAACUGGAAGUGGGGAAAACGUAUAAGGAGACAGUUAUGCUCUUGGAUGGCGAAGAAGAAAAGGAAUGGAGUUUUGAGGAAACACGGCUAGAUGAUUGUCACCAUGUUGCAGUUGCUCUGGGGAAACCAGGAGAGUUUGGAGAGAAGCCAGCUGCGGUGCUUUCUUCUGCCGUGACCCAGACUACAUUUACAACACUGACUUUUGAUGAUUUAGUUGCCUCUGCUGUGCCUCUUGCACCUGAAGACCCUGCCUGCUGGGAUAGCUUUUGUGCUAAGCAGGAAUCGCCAACACGCCAGGGUUCCAAUCCAAGAUAAGAGAGGCUGUGUUUGCAAGGAGAGAAGCUGAAAGCACUCAUAGAGGCCACACACUGUUCCCCUUUCCAGUAGUUAAUUUGUACUGGUGGUCGUGGUGGUGGGAAUGCUAAAAUUGCCUUUUGUGUUCUAAGUUUUGUGUUCUACAUUUUUCAUUGACCUUUUCCAGGAAGACUGGAUUCAGAAGAGGAAAAACUGUUGGAUUUUCUGCUCUCUGGCUGAGUUCAUAUUAUUAUCAGCUGCUGGAUCUUUGUAGUUCGUUCCUGCAAAUAUAAUUGAGAGAGGGAAAGAAAGGAAUGAUGUUGGCUGACUUUAAAAAUAUUACAUCAAUCCUGAUUUAAUCAAGUACCUUGUGUAUAGUUUAUCAGGAGGACUUCACGUGUAUGGCUCUUUAUGCAAUAACCUGAUUAAUGCAGUAGCUCCACUACACCACCAUUUGAAGACACAAAUCAUACAAAUGGAACAAUUAUCCAUUCAGCAGUACCUAAGAAAUCCCUUCGUAGUCAUGGUUGAAUCCUGACAAGACAGAAGUACUGUU